AUGGCGUCGUUGAGGUCGGCAAUGUUUGCCGGCUACAACAAGUUCGACGAUGCCAAAGUUCGAAUCGGGUCCUGGCGUGAGGAGCUGGCCAUGAAAGAGCUCACAGGGGUGACUCGCCUCGCGAACCCGCGGAAUAGAGCUGUUUUCAACGCAACUGAUGUAAGGGUGCUGUAUCAUGCAGACAAGCCGGGCGCCAAGGACGCUGGCAGGGGAAAAAGCGAAUCGCAUACCUCUUACAUUCAUCCGGAGAAGGUUGCUGCGACGAAGGAAAGGUCGGCAUACAUCAGGCCAGGGCCUCGUGCGGUACGUUCGCGACAAGCAGCAAAAGAAAUCGUCCAGGCGGAGGAAGCGGAACGCGAAGCCCUCGAGAGGGAGAAGAAGAAAGAUGGGGAUUUCGAUACAACCUUCAGACAGUCCUACAAGAGGUAUUCGGACGAAGCAUCAAGAGCAGCGAAGCAGGACAGCGUCAAGCCCCAGCCAGAGAACGCUCCGCAGGCACCUGCGCCUACCACCAAGGCCUUCAAGAACAGCAUGAGAAGGAGUGGUGACGUGAUGUCGGAGAUUGGAGAGGUGGGUCACUACUCCACCGGGACGACGGUCACCCUGUGGAACACGGGAGGAAUGGCGCCCGGGGGCACGGCAGAUAGGGCCUCGUUCGGCCGUACGUCGAGGUUCACCGAACCCGGCGUCCACCCUUCGUUUUUCCAAGAGGUUUGGCGGGACCCUGGCCCUCAUCAUGCCUCUCUUCCCCGAGGCCUCAGUGACCUGGAAGCCCGGAGUUUGAUGUUCCUCAAGAACCGGGUCAUCGAGAGGGCACAGGAGAAGCCGCUGCCGUCAGUGCGCGGGUUGUGGCGCUUGCUGUGGCCCCGGACCUACGUGGAUGCUGUGGGGAAAGUCGGCCCUGCGGAGUUCCGAGAGGGGAUGGCCGAGUUUGAGGUCCCCGUGACCAAGUGCGAGGUUUGGGCCGUUACAACUGCGUUCGACACAGACAACCGUGGCCAGAUCUGUUUGGACAAGCUGAUGCACUUCUUUCGGGCUGGAGGGCUGUCUGAGGCUCGCCGCAAGGUUGUCCACAAGCUGUUCCGGGGCCUUGAUUCCGCAAACACAGGAGCAGUACCGCUGAGCAGCAUUCGAGCGGCGUGCGACUUUUCAAGCUCGCCGGCUGUCAUCGAAGGGAAAGCAUGCGAAGAGGAGAUAACGACAGAGUUCCUACAGCAUCUCCAAAACAACGAACAAGAGGGACUAGGAGAGUCCAGUUCCAUGGUAACUGCGGAGCAUUUCCAAGAUGCAUUUCGCGACAUCGGAACCGCCUGCACUUCGUUGGCAGCGUGUUCAUGGGAAGCUGCUUCCCUCCAAGAGGAGAAAAAGGACAGGGGGCACCUCGAUACUGAUGCCGAUGGGAAUGCCGGCGAAGCGUUAUUUAUGGGAGUUGUAUCGUCCGUUGGCGGGUAA